AUGGCGGCCACCGACGCGACCGGCGGCCGGCCGCGCUUCGAGCCCGUUGACACAUCCUUCGGUACCGGCUUCCGCGAUGACGUCGAAUCACCCUCCCUGUCCAGCAGCAACGCCCUCGCACGUUUCGAAUUCGAGCCGGGCAGGAGCAAGGAGGGCACCAAGGUGCUCAUGGUGGAAUGGCAAGAGGAUGCGACUUCACGCGCCAUCUCGGCAGAUUGGGAGAUCAGCUGGGACGGCAAGAAAACAGUCUUGCCCGCCAAGGACUCUCAGAAACAACAGGCGCAAUCGCAACGCCCACUGACCGCCAGUGAGCUUGCUGAUGAGCCCAUCAACCGGAUGUAUUUCCUCCUCCUUCCUGGCAUGCCGAUACCUACCACCGUCCGCUUGCAGAAGGGCCCGACUCUCGCCUGGCGCACCAACCCGCUUCCUGCCAUCUUCGCACCAGAACUCGGCGCCACGGCGCUCGAAUCCGGCAAGAAGGGCGUUCUACAUACCCACUGGGCCAAGAAGCGCCUGCAGGUCUUGCAGGCGGAGAUAUCGGCAGAGGAGCGCAACAACUCCGAAGGCGUCGGCCUGGAAAUGGCUCGCGCAGAGAUGGAAUGGAUCGAGCAAAAUUUCGGCGUACAGGCUCGGCCUGUCAACAUCUCCCUUGACACCACCGGCGCAGGCGCCACGACAGGCGUCAGCGAUGUGAACAAUCUCAACACUCCGAGCAGCCCGCGCAGUCCCGGUGGCGGCCGUCUGAUGGACAAGCUCAAGGGCCUGAAACUCGGCACCAGUGAUCGGGAGCUUCAAACACCUCUGACGGCCACAUCGACCGCCGCCGGAGCUUUCUCAGACAUGCACAAUCCGCUCAGCCCAGAGACCUCCGAUGUCGCCGUCGGCGGCGGCGGCUUCGGCAGCUUCCUCGAGCUGAAGGGCGCCGCACCAACCUCGAGUCUCGCGGCCAAACCCGCCCAGCAGCCCACGGCCGCCGACGAGGAUGACGACGACGAUCUCUUCGCGUUACCGAUGAGCCCGCGCAGUCCGGAGAUGACCAAGAGUCCGUUCAGCUUCGCGGCGCAGGAUGUCGGGCGGUAUGCCAAAGGCGAGCGAGCGUGA